AUACCUUACGGUUUCAGACACACAGCCCGCCUCAGAGAGAGAGAGAGAGCGUGUGUUUGCCUUUACCAAUAAUGUAUCCUCUGCCUCACGCACACACUGACUGACACCCACACACGGUCCUGUCUUUCCUGCUUCUCCAAUUUCUACACAGUUCUAUGCUUUGGAAAGAGAGUAGCUCUGCAUGAUAAUGAACACCAACACAUCCUCUUCAACUUCAACGGCAGGAGCUGGAACAGAAGCGAAUCCAGGUGGUCCUGCUCAAUCAAUGGCUACACCACCACCAUUAGCAGCAGCAACAGCAGCUUCAGGUACAAUCUCAGCAACUAGCAGUGAUGGGUCAGGAAAGAAAGUAAGAAAACCUUAUACAAUUACCAAGUCUCGUGAGAGUUGGACUGAGGAAGAACAUGACAAGUUCCUUGAAGCCCUUCAAUUGUUUGAUCGUGACUGGAAAAAGAUAGAAGAUUUUGUGGGAUCAAAGACGGUGAUCCAGAUUCGUAGUCAUGCGCAGAAAUACUUUCUGAAGGUCCAGAAGAAUGGUACAAUCGCCCACGUACCUCCUCCUCGCCCUAAACGCAAAGCCUCUCAUCCCUACCCACAGAAGGCUUCAAAAAAUGUUUUAUUGCCACUCCCAGUAUCCAUGGCUUACCCUUCAUCAAUGAAUACCUUCACACCGGGAUAUGCUCCAUGGGAUGAAACUUCAAUGUUAAUAACCUCCGCAACAAGAAAAAUCAUGCCAUCGCAAGAUGAGCUUGCUAAUUUUCACGGAGCUGAAGCUGAUAUUGGAACAAAGGAUGUAUCAGAUAUUGGAACAAAGGGUGUAUCAAGGUUUAGUUACAAUACUGUCAGUGGCCUCGGGACAUCAAGUAGAGCAUUGCCGAGUGCUGAGAUGCCAAAGCAAGGGAAGCAAGCACCUGUGCGUCAUGAUAUACCAGAUUUUGCUGAAGUAUAUAGCUUCAUUGGAAGCGUGUUUGAUAUGGAAACGAAAGGGCAUGUGAAAAAGCUCAACGAAAUGGACCGAAUAAAUUUUGAAACUGUUUUGGUGUUGAUGAGGAACCUUACUGUUAAUUUGUCUAGCCCUGAUUUUGAGUCAUUUAGGAAGGUCUUGUCAUCUUAUGAUGUCAAUAGCAAAACAUUGGGAGUUGCUGCCCUGAACCAGACCAAUGAUAUAGCAUGUUGAGCUAAAAUUUUGCUGACCUCAUCUUUUGUUGCAGUAACGUGGUGAUGUUGGCUAUAAUUCUUGCUGCAUCACUAAAAUCAAAUAAAUGUACCUUGCUGCACAUGCUUGGAAGUUCGUAGUUUAUGAUGGUAGAAGAAAGUUGACUGAUUUUCGAGGCUCGUGUGUACCUUGAUGUCUACUGACCUCAUUUGCAAUGGCUGUUGCUAUUAUAUUGACGAUUUGGCCUUCAACCAAACAAGCGUGUAUAUCUUGCGAGAUCUGUUUGGUGGUGGUUUGGCCGUCCCUUAAUAUAAUUUUGCAUAUAGCGGCGUACAUUUUGCCUUAACUACAAGAAUUUGAAUACAUUAGAAAAGGUACUGCCCGUCAGAUUUCUGAAUGUAGGUUAUUUUCUGUAUUUGAAU